GGAGUGCAGUUGAGCCGAGCUGAGCAUCACAUCCCGCAUUCAAGGAAACAGGCAAACACAGCACUUUUUAAUUUGACUUUCCUCAGUGCUUCAGCCUCCUUACAUCACUGACAUCACCAAAAAGAAGAAGCAGGCUCAUUCAACGUGGACCCUUUAAUGGAGGCCGUUUGUCUCUGAGAAGCUGGGAACCUCUGCCCAGUCAAGGAAGACCCCCUCAAUUGUUUCUGCGCCAAGAACUGUGAAGACAUGGUCAUUACAUCGCAUCUGUGAUGAGCAUCAAGCAGCAAGAGUGAGAGAGAGUGUCAGAGGAUGCACCUGAUCUACGGGUCCCAGCGCUGAGGGAGGUCCACCAUGUCUCACCACCAACACUACCAGCGAGGCUCCAGUGGCCGCACCAUGAGCUCAGAGGACAGGAGCUCCACCACAAGCAACAAGACCUCCACACCGGUUCACAAGAGCGCCUCCUCUUCCUCCUCUUCCCAGAGGGACAGCCGGCAGGAGGCAGACAGCUGGGAAAUCAUUGAAGGGCUGAAAAUCGGUCAAAGCAAUGUCCAAAGGCCUGAUAAGCAUGAGGGCUUUAUGUUGAAGAAGCGGAAAUGGCCUCUGAAAGGCUGGCACAAGCGGUUUUUCGUUCUGGACAAUGGUAUCCUGAAGUAUUCAAAGUCCCCCAUUGAUAUCCAAAAAGGCAAACUACAUGGUAGCAUUGACGUCGGCCUCUCAGUCAUGUCCAUCAAGAAGAGGGCGCGCCGCAUCGACCUCGACACUGAAGAGCACAUCUAUCACCUGAAGGUCAAAUCUCAAGAUAUCUUUGAUGCCUGGGUGUGCAAGUUGCGUCAUCACCGGCUUUACCGCCAGAACGAGAUUGUGCGAUCCCCUCGGGAGGCCACCAUGCGAACGUUUCCUCCUCCGGCUGCCAUGGAGUCCCCUCAACCUGCCUCUACUGUAGUACGUGAAGCAAAGCAGACCAAACCAAGCAGUUUGCCGUGGCAGCCGGUGGCCCCCAGCAGCAGCAGCACCAACAGCCUCCCUGCCUCUUACAGUAACGGACAGAGCAAGGUGGCUGCCUGGUUGCAGGAAUCAGAGGAAAUGGACAAGUGUGCAGAGGAGCUCGCUCGAUGCCAGUCCAACCUGACUGAGCUGAGUCGGUUACUGCAGAGUCUGGAGAUUCUACAGAGGACGCAGUCAGCACCCAACUUCACAGAAAUGCAGACCAAUUGUGUAGAAUUGUCAAAGAAAGAAAAGCGCUUGAACAGAAGAUGGAGAACAAAAAGUGUCGGCAAAGAUGCAAAAUUCCAAUUACAGGUCCCUCUGUCUGCCAGCAUGUCCCCUGUCCGCCUCCACUCGUCCAACCCAAACCUCUGUGCCGAGCUGGUCGACUUCCAGCCCCCCGUCUCCCGGCUGACUGACAGUGUGGAGUGUGCCAGUGAUUACAUUAAGCUUCAGGAGGAAUUCUGCACCAUCGCACAGAAAGUCCACUCUCUGCUGAAGUCGGCCUUCAACACAGUGGCCAUCGAGAAAGAAAAGAUCAAACAAAUUCUGUCAGACCAGGAGCAGACGGACCAGUCAGUCCAGAUCAACUCUCUCAGGAAGUCUCUUUCACAGGCCCUGUCCCAAAAUGCAGAACUUCGAACCCGGCUGAAUCGCAUCCACUCUGAAUCUGUUCUGACUGAACAAGUUGUCAGUGUGAACAUCAUUUCCACGCCUGAUGAGGAAGGGGAACAGAUGGGGAUCCCUCUGACUCAGCAGGCCUCUAAUGAGAGCCGACUCUCCAUGUCGGAGUCGGUCUCCGAGUUCUUUGAUGCCCAGGAAGUGCUUCUGUCAGCCAGCUCAUCGGAGAAUGAGGGCUCAGAUGAUGAGUCAUACGUCAGCGAUGUGAGUGAUAACAUUUCCGAGGACAACGCCAGCGUGACCGAUAACGUCUCCAGGCAAAUGGCAAAUGGAGACUUUGCUGGCAGUGCCUUCCGUAACGGUCGGCGUACCUGCCUGCCGUCUCCGUGUCCCGACACCAGCAACAUCAACCUCUGGAACAUCCUGAGGAACAACAUCGGCAAAGACCUGUCCAAAGUGUCCAUGCCUGUGGAGCUAAACGAGCCCCUCAACACCCUGCAGCGCAUGUGCGAAGAGCUGGAGUACAGCGAGCUGCUGGACAAGGCCGCAGAGACUGAGGACCCCUUUGAACGCAUGGUUCUUGUUGCAGCUUUUGCCAUCUCAGGCUACUCAUCCACGUAUUACAGAGCAGGAAGUAAGCCAUUCAACCCACUACUUGGAGAGACUUAUGAAUGUAUUAGAGAAGAUAAGGGCUUCUGUUUUUUCUCAGAACAGGUGAGCCACCACCCGCCCAUCUCCGCCUGCCACUGCGAGUCAAAGAACUUCACCUUCUGGCAAGAUGUGAGAUGGAAAAACAAGUUUUGGGGGAAAUCGAUGGAGAUUUUACCAAUUGGGACGGUUAAUCUCAUGAUUCCAAGGUUUGGAGAUCACUAUGAAUGGAACAAAGUCACCACAUGUGUCCACAACAUCCUCAGCGGACGACGGUGGAUCGAACACUAUGGGGAGAUCACCAUCCGAAACACAAAGAGCAGCGCGUGUCUCUGCAAACUCACCUUCGUCAAGGGAAACUACUGGAGUUCUAAUGUGAAUGAGGUUCAAGGAUUUGUGAUGGACCAAGAAGGGAAAGUGAUCCACAGGCUUUUUGGGAAAUGGCACGAGGGUCUUUACUGUGGUGUACCACCUUCGGCCAAAUGCAUCUGGAGGCCGGGCUCCAUGCCCACAGACUAUGAGCUGUAUUAUGGAUUCACCAGGUUCGCCAUUGAACUGAAUGAGCUUUGCCCCGAGCUUAACGAUGCCCUGCCUCGAACAGAUUCUCGAUUCAGGCCUGAUCAAAGGCACCUGGAGGAGGGGAACUUGGAGAUGGCAUCAUCGGAGAAGCAGCGAAUUGAGGACCUUCAGAGAACCAGGAGGAAGUGGAAAGAGGAGAAUGACAUCAAACAGGAGCCUCGCUUCUUCAAGAAAACGGUUGAUGCCAAUCACAGGGAGAGGUGGGUCUCCAACAACACGUACUGGGAGCUUCGCAAAAACCCUGGCUUCAUCAACAUGGAGCCUACAGCGAGCCUGUGGUAGCACACGGGGAACACUGGGAUCGUCAUAUCAUCAUAUCAAGAAGGAAAGCUGUUACCUAUGCACAACAAGGUGUUGGGAGAAACAUGUUAAGACAUCUAUGUGCAUGGAACUGACGGCCUGACGCUCAGCGACACAUUCAAGGUUUAGUGGCACCGCCACAAGGUCAUCCAUUCACGGGAAAACCCUGAAGGAUCACCUGCAUUGUGCUUGUGAAGCUGGGUUGUCAGGACAACGAUGGUACCGCUCCUCUGUAGAUCUUCCCUCAGCUCCUCUUGACUUUUGAUUAUGUCCUUGCCUUAAAAAGAUGCCGAACAAGUCACACAAGUUUAGCGCUUUUUAGUCAAAGCCAUUUGAUUUCUGACUGGGUUAGAUUAGACUCUAAUGUAGACGUUUGAUUACCUACAAUAUCAUGCAUGAUUAGAGAGCAGCUUUCACCGGCAUUAAGCCGCAUUUACUAUAUCAUCAAUAUUGUAGAAAAAAAAGAGAUAUUUUUGUAAAAUAUCCUGGACUCAGAAUUUAGUGAAUUAGCAUUAUGUGAAUCGGCAGAUUUUAUUCAUUUUUUGCCUUUUAAUACUGUCGAAUCUAUGUGGUAGCAGUGCUCUCUCUCGGAAACCCGCUCAUUUAAAAUUAAUCACGGCUGCAGCGGAGGAAGUGUGGCGUCCACAGAUGGAAUAUUAAAUGAAUACUUUGAAGCUCUCAGAGCUGAUCACGUGUCAGAGGGAGAGGUAGGACGUUAAAAUGAAAAACUCAUCCCAGUGUUUUGGACACGUGACGCAGGACACACCCCCAACCUUUACGGUUGUUUUCUUUUUUUGAAACCAUCAACACAGAUCUGUCACAGGGUCAGGUUUCUCCUCACAGUGGAGUUAUGUGUAAAUACAGGGAGACCCUCAGCGGCCCUGCCCCACUGUCUAAUUUUAAACAUGGUGACAUGAGACCAGCAUGUCUGACUCAUAUAGUUACAUAAAUACACACAUGACUCCCUCCUUAUAUAGUGGGCACACAUUCAGACUGCAUGAAUGUGGAGCAGAAAAGGGAUUUAGUCCCAGGAAAGAGGUGAAAUAGCGAAACGCUGGAUGUAAAAGAAGGACAAAGAAGUGAUUGUGUUGUGAAUUUUUUAGAUUGUUAAUCUCUCUGAGAUCAAAUAUUGUCAAGCUUUAAUAAUAACUCUGAUGGGACUGUAAGAGUGUCUCCUUAUUAGCAGGCUGAAUACUUGUUUGCAACACAAAUCCCAAUAUGGCAUUUUUUCCUCAAAAUAUCAAACAUUUAUUUAAUUUAUGUAAAAAUGUUGACCCAUUACCUUAUUUUUUUUGGUAAGACUUAAAGCAAAGUCAUCUUAGCUCUGACUAACAACCAAAAAUAUGAGUAGAAAACUGUAAGAAUUAAAGAAAUUGAUAUAAUUUGCAAAAAAAUUACAAGUAAAUAUUUGUAUUUUCUUGUUUUAAAACACCUACUUCUCUAUUUUAACAUAAAUAAUGAAGCUGUCUUUAAAUUAAUUAAUUAAUUAGAUAAUUAUGUCAACACUCCUAUGAGUCACUCAGCCACAAUCAUGCCGCUACACCACGGUGUAACAUCAGAGCCACCUACAGGUUGUUUUGUGUAAAUGCAGCCUUAGCACACUGAAGGUAAGAGAGUAAAAUGAUCCUGUGCUGAUGUUUGAAUGAGUCAGAUUCCUCAGAGAGUUUACUGCUAAAAUCAAUGACAUUUAUGCAGUUUGUGUAUUUAUUGCAAAGCAGAUUAGCUUUAAUGUUUUUGAACCAGACUUUUCUGUUACAGACUAAGAAAACAGAACAAACAUGCCGUUCUCCUCAAUCAUUCAGGACUGGAGGGAGAGGACGCUGACAGAGCAAAAGAGUGAAAUAAAUAUCCAUUAUGUGUGCACUGUUCAUAUGGUACUGUAGAAUAAAAACCAAAAAGGUAGUUCUGCUUUGCAUCCAUAUCCUUCUUCUUUAAAGUGUACUUUUGUGCGUUUCAUUUCCAUUCCCACUCAGUGCUACAACCGGUCAGUUUCACUUGCUGUGCCUUAAUGCAUUUAUUAAUGCCUCACCCACAAACACUACUGAUAAGAACCUCUCACGCUGAGAAGUCGUACACCGCACAUUAUCCAGUCUCCACAUGCCUACAGAUGAUAAAAUAUAUGAAAGAGUUUGGGGUUAAGCUGAGUACAGAGUGUCUUUGGUUCAAAGGAGAUCAGAAAAAAAAAAAAAAGGAAGGAAAAAAUGCUUGUGGUGUUAGAAAAUGUUCAGCACUGCUCUGCUUCUCCAUCAUCACUGUAAAUACAGCACAUUUAGCAGACAGGUCACUACUACAAAUGUGGAUUCUGUUUCUUCCUCCUACAUCACUUAAAAAAAGACUGAAUCACAGCAGCUGUGUGGACGGGGCGAUGCUUUGUGUAGUGUUUGAUAUCAGUCAGACUAGUAAAAAAGAAAAAAAAACAACCUCCUCAUGCUUUUCAUCCAUUAUUCUGCCUGCAUGUCUAGACAACUUAGCCUGCCAAUGAAUGUUGCAGAUGCCUUACAGAGAAAAAAGCGUAUUGUUUUUUUUAAAUUGGACCAUCGUUUUUGUUUAUUUUGUUGGACUGACAUUCAUCACUUAGCACUGUGUCAGCUCUCUUUCUUUCAGAUCUUUUUCCUAAUGGAGACCUUCUAAAGUGCAAUUUUAACAAAGUACAUAUCUUUCCAUGAACACUGUACACUGCUGCUAUAUAGUGCUUGUUCUAAUAAAACUGUAAAACUCAA